CCUGCUCCAUAAUGUCAUGCAUCAGAAUUCACUCUAAAAGCCUUGGAUAAAAACGGCAGUGGUUCUCAGAAACAGGUGGGGUCAAGGCCCACUAGGGGGCACCAGAUAGCUUCUAGGGGAGCCUUUAUGGGAGUAGACUCGUCGAGUGUAACUUUUGCACCCCGUGUUCGGCUGGCAUCUAAAUACACUGUGAAAUGAAUAAUGUGUGUUGAACAUGACGCUGUGUGUCUGUCACCAGGUGGGGGGGUGUCGCUGGCCGAGGCAAGGCGAAGGCAGCAGACGCAGUUAGACCAGUCCAGAAUACAGAAAAGGAUGAAAAAGAUGGAGCUGGACAGAAGGAGAAGAGCAGAAGAGGAGGAGGAGAACCAGCGGCUGAAAGAUGAACAGAGGCAGAAGGCAGAGCAAUACGAGAGGCGGAGCAAACAGCAGGAGCAGAAGAGGAGCCAGCAGCUGAGACAGGAGCAUAGCAGAGUUACUGAAACCUUUUUGCAGAAGCUCCAGGGUGAAGGCUCUUCUGCAGCAUCAUCCAGCAGUGGAUCACAAACCCACGCCCUGCAUGGAGGCGGGGAGGAGAACGAGUGGUGGAGAGGGCCAGAGAGCUCAGGUCUGCACCUGAAGAAGGAGGAGCAGACUCUCCCUGUUCCACGGGGCCAGACCUUGCAGGACGAUCCGAGAGUGAGAGCUAUGGGGAGUGGACAAGAACAAGCAGACCACAGAAAGCUGAACUCAGCAUUCCUGGACCGACUGGAGAAUCGCGGCCGGGCCGAUGACGCAUUGGCCUUCCGAGACUCCGAGAGCUGGGAAUCCGAACGUUCCGAACCACCGCAGUAUUCCGUCGCUCAUACAACACCAGAUCCACCGCAGAGCGAUGCCGAAUGGCCGGAAUUGGCGGCGGACUUGGAGGCUGAGUUUGACUGGGCCGUUCAGAAACUCAAAGUCACUUUCCCCGAGUGUAAUGGAAGGUUUCUGGAGGACAUCCUGAACCAGUGUGACGGGGACUGCCAGCAGGCGGCCACGCUGCUCCAUGAGACCAUGAGCUGAUUGAGCUCGUGCCUCUGAACCACGGGACCGCCACUACUUGGCAUGGUAUCUCACACAAAUGGUCGCAAAGUCAUUACAGAAAUUUGAAAUGCUCAGGCUAAAAGCUCCCUAAUGCGUACAAGUUUACAUAAGUACAUGGAUUGAAUUUCACUUGGAAAGCCUUAUUUAUAAUACUGCAUCACAAUCUAUGUUUUGCCAAAAUUCUAUAUUCAUAAUAUACUUUCCCAUCGAGAUUUUAGCCUGUGAUCAGUUGUAGUGAUCUAUUUGUUGUCAUGGGCUUUCCCUUGAAUGCCAAUAAAUCAUUUUGUGUGUUUGUCUUGAUGGUUUAAAUUGUUUAGCUAUAGGUCAUUGCUAUGACUCAUAAUCUUUGAAUGUUUGGUUCCUAAUUAAAUCAGUGUGUGUUGGAACCACUCU